CUCAUUCAUCCCCCGAAGCCCCCAGAAAAGUGAUCGAAGAAGACGACGACGACGAAGAAGAAAGCAGAAGAUCGAACCGAAGCUUCGAGAAGCCAACGGAGCAAAGGUACAAUGGAUGUAUCUUUGCUGAAGACUCUGCUAAAUAGUAUUUCUCGCUUAAGUUCUUUAUCUUCCAGCAACACAGCAAAAGCUGAACUUGUCCAGAGAUACCAUCUCAAGAUUGAGGAGAUCUUGGAACCUUUGAUACCUGUAUUUGAAGAACUCAAUGUGUCCGAGUCAGAUUCGGAUGAGAAACUUAAUGAGGUGCUGAAGGACCUAGAUACUACUAUCAAUGAAGCUAGGGAACUCAUGGAGAGCUGGCAUCAGAUGAUGAGUAAAGUUUACUUUGUUAUACAAAUUGAUUUAGCAAUAACGAAGUUGCAGACAGUUGCCGCUGAAACUUGUCGGUUGAUUGCUCUUGCAGAUAACUCUUCUUCAACAUGUGCCAAGAACUGCAUGCAGAAAAUUCAGCAAACUCAUUAUGAUCAAACAUCAUAUGCCAUGAAGGAGGCCAUAAGAGCGCGGGUGGACAAACUUGUUCCCAGAUCUGAGCAUCUGGAAAAGAUUUCAAAAUCUCUGAGCUUAUUGUCCAAUCGAGAAUUGCUAAUGGAGGCUGUCGCCCUCGACAAGCUUAAAGCAAAAGUUGGUCGUAGUGAAAACCAUGCGGAAAUUGAGGGCAUUAAUCAAAUGGUUGCUCUCAUCAAUUAUAUGCAUGAUUGUCAUGUUAAAAUGAAGCAGCUGCACAANCUCGAAUUGAUGUCUGACCCGGUGAUUGUGGCGUCUGGCCAAACAUAUGAGAGAGCUUUCAUUAAGCAAUGGCUUGAUCAAGGAUUCAAUGUCUGUCCCAAGACACGCCAAACACUUAGCCACACUAAUUUAAUUCCAAACUAUACUGUCAAGGCACUGAUAGCAAAUUGGUGCGAAUCAAAUGAUAUUAAACUGCCUGACCCCAUAAAGUCCAUGAAUUUGAACAUGCCAUCAGUUUUUUACGGCUUGUCAGACUCAACUACAAAUGGUAGCACCAACCAUUCAAGUCAGUCUUCAAUGGUUAACCGUCCAAGAUCACCGGACAUGUCAAUUAAGGAUUCAACUUCUUCAAAUGGUGUCCAUCAAGAUGGUUAUCUGCAUGACAGACCAACAUCCCCUCGUUAUCCUGUCUCUUCGGGAUCACCUUUGCACAUUGCAAAUGGGGGCGAGGAAAACAUAGUGAAAAAAUCUCUUGUUAAUUCUGAUGGAAUGAAGGAAUCUUCCUUGGAAGAGCGACAUGUUGGCUCUGGUAGCCAAACUUAUGACCAAUUAACGCUGGACAAUUCUCAAGCGCCAAAAGUUGACGAGCAGUUUCAAGGCCAUAGUAGAAGUGCCUCUGCCUCCAGUGCUGUGUCAAAUAAUGGUUAUGUCCAAGGAGGAAAUGCGAACAUGGUUUCUCGUGUUCCUAGUGAUCUGAGUCAUUACAGCAGCGAUGCUUCAGGAGAAGUUUCACAAGAAGCUCCAGCAUUCUCUGCUCCUCCAAGAGAACCAGAAUUCCCACUAAGGUUGGCUGAGCCCAGAUCCAGAAGCCAAAGCAUUUGGCGUCGUCCAUCUGAAAUGUUUAUCCCAAAGAUCAUUUCUGCGCCAUCCAUGGAGUCAAGACCUGACCUUUCAGGUGUCGAGAAAGAAGUCCGCAAAUUGAUUGAAGAUUUAAAAGGCGAUUCAGUAGACAUACAGAGAGCUGCCACGGGAGAGCUUCGUCUUCUUGCUAAACAUAACAUGGAGAAUAGAAUUGUGAUUGCAAAUUGUGGAGCUAUAAGUCUUUUGGUUGAAUUGCUUCAUUCAACAGAUCUAAAGACCCAGGAGAAUGCUGUAACAGCCCUUCUGAAUCUAUCAAUCAACGACAACAACAAGUCCGCCAUUGCGAAUGCUGAUGCAAUUGAUCCCCUUAUUCAUGUGCUUGAAACAGGGAACCCCGAGGCAAAAGAAAAUGCAGCUGCUACCCUCUUCAGCCUUUCUGUUAUCGAAGAAAACAAGGUCAGAAUUGGACGAUCUCGUGCCAUCCAACCUCUGGUGGAACUGUUGGGAAAUGGGACUCCUCGAGGUAAGAAAGAUGCAGCAACAGCAUUGUUUAAUUUAUCCAUAUUUCAUGAGAACAAGGCACGGAUCGUUCAGGCUGGGGCAGUAAGACACUUGGUAGAGCUGAUGGACCCGGCUGCUGGUAUGGUUGACAAAGCUGUGGCUGUUUUGGCAAACCUUGCCACUAUCCCAGAAGGAAGGGCUGCAAUUGGUCAACAAGGUGGGAUCCCAGUGCUUGUGGAAGUAGUGGAAUUGGGAUCUGCAAGAGGGAAAGAAAAUGCUGCUGCAGCAUUGCUUCAACUGUGUACAAAUAGUAGUAGAUUUUGUAGUCAUGUUCUUCAAGAAGGUGCCGUGCCGCCAUUGGUUGCGUUGUCACAGUCAGGCACAGCUCGAGCUAAAGAGAAGGCACAAGCUCUUCUGAGCUAUUUUCGAACGCAACGACAUGGAAAUGCUGGAAGAGGAUGACGACUGAGGGUGUUCAAGCGAGAAUUUGUAGCUCAAUCAGAUGUAUUUAUGAGUUGGGAUUUGGUUUAACUAUUAUUUGUAACUAUGUCAAUGCUUUUAGACGGAGAAGAUGUGUCCGAGAGAGAGAGAGAGAGACUGUUUUGGGAGUCUUCUGCCAUUAGAGUAGCCUCAGGGAUCUUUGUUUGCGUGCUUCGUCUGUAAAGAAGAAAACAUAAAGCUGGAAGCUGAUUGUAAAGUGAUGAUGAGUUGGGGCCUGUUGAUUCUUUGUCUUUCAUCGAACUGUUGUAUACUAUUUUUCUUCUUCUUUCCAAAUAUGAUGUAUAAUUGCAAUCAUCUUGUCUUUUUUUUUUUUUGGCCCCCAGUUUGCUGCAACUUAUGGCCUUGUAUAUAUAUUUUUUUGCCUUUGCAAAGGCACCAGCAGGGAGAACAACGUGGAAGGCUGUCCGCCCUCUGUACUGCUUUUAUUUUCUUCUGUUUUAGUUUUCUUUCGUCCUC